AGCACUGGACUGGAGGAUGACAGAGAGAGGAAACCAUGGAGAGACUCCUGCCCAAAUAUUUCCCUUUCUUUACUUUGUUGGCACUGACUGGACUCCUAUUCCUGUUGUGGAAUAUCACCUCAUUGGAAAGCUGGACCUGUCAAACAGUAUCUUCCUUCUACCAGCUUCAAAACAGCAUACAAUCUGUCUUGAAGACCUCUGAAAUGCUGCUACCCGUGCAAUUCAACUAUUCGUACUGCAUGCACCUUGGCCAGGAGCCAUCCGCAGAGGAGGCCAAAGUGGAGAGCUAUCUUCUCAGAUCCAUCAUCUGGCCAGAGCCGCUGGUCCUAGGGUUGCCCUUGCGCCAAAGCAGUGAUCCUGCACAAAGCUAUUAUAUGAUCCAAAACUCUGGAGAUCUGCUGGUGGGUGGACAGCUGGUAGUGAAGGUACAGAUGCAAAACUUUAUCGGUCAGCCUAAAAAACAUGGAGGAGACUUCCUAGUAGCACGACUUCACACACCAGAACUUGGAGCAGGUGUGACAGGUCAGGUACAUGACCACAGAGAUGGAAAAUACACAGUGUUUUUCCCACUGCUUUGGGCUGGAGUUGUGCAGGUGGAACUGACCAUGGUUCACUCCAGUGAAGCGGUGAUGGUCCUCAGGCGACUUAGAGAGGAGCAAGCAGACCGAGUCUACUUCAAGAGCCUCUUCCGCUCACGUUACCUCUCUGAGACCACUAUUUGUAAUCUGUGUCUGCCAGUUAAUCAGCAACUGCUUUGCAACUAUACAGACCCCCAGACCGGAGAACCUUGGUACUGUUAUAAGCCCAAAAUGUUGGACUGUGACACACGGAUCAACCAUGCAAAAGGGGGCUAUAAAAAACACCUGCUUACUGUGUAUGAGUCACAGUUCUUCCAAAGUGGAAUAAAUAUCAAAAUGCCGAUACAUGCUGCAGGGAUGGAUAAUGUGACUGUUCUACCUGCUUCUAAAGAGCAAACCAAAGAGAACAACCUUGAAAACACUCCCUCCGGGUAUUACUAUCAAGGAUUGUGGAGGCCAUUGGGUGGUGUCACCAUGCGUCAGUUUAAUGAUUCUUCAGCCAUUACCCAGUGUCUUAGAGGGAAGAUGAUGUACAUGUAUGGAGACUCCACUGUGCGACAGUGGUACGAGUAUCUCGUUGCUCAUGUUCCAGAAUUCAAGGAAUUCAAUUUUCAUAGCCUGAAGAAUAUUGGUCCACACAUGGCAGUAGACAGCAACCACAAUAUACUGUUGAGGUACCGCUGCCAUGGGCCACCGAUCCGGUUCACAUCUGUUUAUGCAGCUGAACUGCACUAUAUUUCCAAUGAGCUAGACGCCUUACGAGGGGGCUCAGACACGGUGGUUCUUAUUAGCAUCUGGUCACAUUUCAGCACUUUCCCAGUGCCUGUGUACAUACGGCGCCUGCGGCACAUUCGCAGGGCAGUGAUUCGACUGUUGAAUCGGGAACCAGCGACAUUGGUGCUGAUUCGCACAGCCAACCUCCAGAAACUGGACCCGGAAUCCAGCUUAUACAACAGCGACUGGUUCUCUCAACAACUCGAUACAGUACUCAGAGCCAUGUUUAAAGGUCUGAAUGUCCAGCUGGUGGAUGCCUGGGAGAUGACCCUUGCUCAUCACCACCCGCAUCAGCUACAUCCUCCACCUGAUAUCAUAUCAAACACGAUUAACUUUAUUCUUUCCCACAUCUGCCCAGUUAGGAGAAAGAAAAAGCAGAGUUAGCUAAUGCAAGGCUAUACUUGGAAUACUUGGGAGUGCUUGUGGGCGGAGCAAUUUAGAGUCAGACUGAAUUAUUUAUUUUGGGGAUAGUUUUGGACUUGGUGAGACCAAAAGCUGCUCUUCACAUUUUCUCAUACCUCUGUUAAAUAUCUGCAAUAUAUGGAAUAUACACAAUAUAUUCAACAUGAUUUUGCUGGUGAUACAAAAUUAAGCAAUAUCAUUGUCUUUAAUACCCUUUUUAUUUGCAGAUUAAAGGAAUAGUUCACCCAAAAAUUAAAAGAUUUUGAGAAGAAUAUCUCAGAUCUGAAGUUAAUGUGUGCAACUUAUUGAAGCUCCAAAAAUUACAUAUAGCGAUCAUAUAAAUAAACCAUAUGAUUCCAGUGGUUUAAUUAAUGUUGUAAACACUUAAAAAAAAAAUUUUGUAAGAAAUAAUUUUAUUGAAAUAUUUAUUUGUUGAAAUAGUUCAAUUUAUAAAACUUUUUUUACUUAAAAUGUUCGCUUUCGGCCAGCUUGUUGAGGAGGAUGGAGUUCAAACUGCCUAUUGCAAUGUUAGCCUAGAAACUAGUUUCGUGAUCCCUCCUUGUCCAGAGACUCAUGACUAAUUUACUUACAGUCAUGUCAUUCCAAACCCAUGUGAUUUUAAUUUCUAGUAUGGAAUAUAAAAGGAGAAAUUAGCCAGAAUAUUAGCCUCAGUCACCUUUCAAUUUCAUUGUAUGGAAAAAAUAUUUAAUGAAAGUUAAUUUUGACUGAGGCUAACAUUCUGCUUAACAAUUCCCUUUGUGUUCCACAGAAGAAAGUCAUACAGCUUUUGAACAACGUAAGUUUGAGUAAAUGGUGUAAGAAUUUAAAUUUUGGGGUGAACUGUCCCUUAAAGACCGAUAUUUUAAUUGAUGUUUUAAAUUUAAGGAGCAAAAACGAGUUAGUAAGUUUGAUUCAUUUCCAGGAAUCAGUUCAAAAUGUUUACGAAUGCACAAUUUUACAUUUUGCUCAAGAGAUUAAAGAUGGUUAUAAAUGCACCAUCAAUCAUUCAUAAUCCUAAUUGCACUUUGAGUUUAGACAGAUGGAUUGUGGCAAACCUUAAUCUUCAUUGUCAGAUUCACAAUUCAGUAGAAUGCAUGACAGAGGACUGGACUGGGCCUCGCUUCCCAAAAGCAUCAUCAAGCUAAGUAAAUCGCAGGAUCCAUCUUACGAUUCAUCUGUGUUUUGCAGCCCGUUUCCCAAAAGCAUCGUAACUUAAGUAGCACUUGAAAAUGGUAGUAGAUCUACAAGUGUUAAGUAGUUGGUACUAACAAAGGGGCAGAAUGAUUGUUGCUGGCUACUGCUGAAAUGUUUGAAAAUUGUAUGUUUAAGAGGGAAAUGGUCAGUGUGCUUCAAAUACUAGGCAAAAUAGAAGAGGAACUAAUAAAAAAAACAUGUCAAUACCUUGCUGGUGUGCAUGAAAACCAGCCAUGUAUAGAACAUAUCUUGGUUGGUCAUCAUGUCGUCCCAUGCCAUCUUCCUCCUCUUCCUCCACCUCUUCAUCUCACCCGCACUACAAUGUUGUGCAGAAUCGCUGAUACUGUUAUUACAGCACAGCACUUUUGUGGAGCAAAGAGAAGAUCACCACAGGACUGGUGAAUAACCCGAUAGUGCAGCUUCCACCUCCCCAAUAUGCGCUCCUCAAUAUUACGGGCAACACGGUGAGUCUCAUUGAAAUCUGUAUCCCUGUUAUUGGCAGGAUUAGCUACAGGGGUUAACAGAGCCUCGUGGGUAACCACUGUCCCCAAGCAGUCUCCACUGUCCCUGUGAGUCUUGCGCCUCUUGACCCACAGAUGAAUUGGUGAAGACGAAUGAGUCAUGUGUACUUCCCAGCCACCUUGCCACUAUGUCUGUGAUCAAACCCUUGUGGUCGCAGGUCACCUGGCAGUUGAUAGCUGCAUAGUCUUUGUGGCAUAUAUAUAUAUACAUGGCCAUCCACAGAUGGUGUGAGAAUGGGGAUCAAGGUGCCAUCAAUUACUCCAAUGACCCGUGGUAUCUGGUGAUGUUUUGAAAAGUGCUGUUGUAUGUCUGAGAUUUACUGUCUUGAUGCUGGGAAUUCUACAUGUUCAGCAGCAUUUGGAAGCAAUGCGUUGGUGACUACUUGUACAGAUCUUGACACCAAUGCCUUACUUAGUCCAAGCCCAUCACUAAGUACCUGGAGAAAACUGCCUUUUGCAUAAAAUCUCAGAGCGGCUAGGAGUUGCACUUGGGGGACAAGGCAAAAUUCCUCAUGGUGGCACGCAUGAGUUUAGGCCCAAUGAUAUUCUGCAGUUGGACUGUUUUUCCUUGUGGCAGAAAUGAUCUCUCAAUGACAGCCAUGUCAUCCAGUAUAUCCAGCGGGUUUUGAUGCUGCCUGAUGAAGGCAUUUAUAGUAACCCUUCUGCUUAAUGGUCAUCUCUGUCUUUCUCUUUCUCUCACUCUCAGUUGAAGAACAUGCUGUAGUACAGCCAUAAUUUAUUUUGCAAGUCUACUGAAGUGUGAUCUCUCCUAAUUUCUUAUAGGAACCAUGAGAUUAAAUGUGCUUAGACUGUGAUACUAUUCACAUAUAACACACUGCCUGAAAGAAAACACACACACAUCAUCUUUUUACACUAAUUGCAUUAGGCCUUAGCUUGAAGAAAGAAACCGAAUGCCUGAUUUACUGAGAAAUCGUACUGAUUAUCUUUUCCUUCAGUUUAUUCUCUUAUUUGAAUGUUCAUAAUGACCAAAGGUUGUGCUUAUUAUACAUAUGUAUACACCGAACAGUUAUGGUAAAACAUACAAUCUACAAUAAACAUUGUCUGCACCUGUAUAAAUGUAUAGGCUAGAUGAAGACAAUAUAUUUGUGCUACUCUCAACCUUAGUUAUAUAUGUACUUCAUUUCAAAUAGCCACAAACCCCCCCCCCCCCAGAUUCAAGACGUAAUAAAAUGUAUAGGGCAUGUAUGCUUUUGUUUUAAUGUAAAUUUGAAAAUAACUUGUUGUAACAAUCAGCCAUUAGCCAUUCACUUUGAAACACUUAUUAGGACAGUCAGAAUACUUGAAGAGACACAACUGUUUUUAGUGAUUUGGGUUUGAGGUUUCUUCCCCAGGAACUGCAAAAGACAUUGCACACUGGAAUGAACCCUAAUUUCAUAUGGAAAAGUUUAUUGCACAAGAAAUUAUAAAAACAUAUCUCAUUAGUCUUCAUUAAAAAAUAUAACACAAUUUUACCUGACUCAUCUGGCAAGAUGUUUGGCACAGAAAUUGAGGGGUCUUGCAAAUCUUAUCUUGCAAGUCUCCUCUCUUCUAAAGCCAGUUUGGCCUUCUUGAGGUCAAUUUCCUGCUCCUGAAAUGUGUUGUCCCUCUCAUUGGCCUCUUUAAGGCAUUGUCUAAUGUAUUUUGAGACCUCCAGUUUCUCUCUCUCCUGUUGCACUAAGUCCUGACGACAACCGCAGACAUUCUCAAAUUUCUGAAGGGUUGUGGCUGCAGUCUGGACAAUAGAAGAGGGAGGCUGUGGCAUUGGUGGGCUGUUUGGAGGACUGGGAGAUAGUUGUCUGCCAAUGGGAGGUGAAAUUGAUUGUACCUCCAAGCAUGAGGGAUCUGACUCAGGUUCAGAUUGAGGCAUCCCCAGUCCUCCAUGAAGGUCAAUACCACCACGAAUGCCAUCUGAGGCACUUACGCCAAGUAUUGACAAUGCCUUUUCUUCUUCAGCGGUGAGAAAAGGGGAAUCAUUGUUGCUGCCACCUGUUUUUUUUUUUUUGCUGUCAUGUGCAGUGCCAUUUUCCUUUUUACGAGGAUCACAAAGUCCUCCCACUUCUUCCGGACCUCCUUCCUUGACCUUUUAUUGCUCAUGGUUGCAUGUAAUUUUCAAUUAAUAUUCAUGUUAAGUACAGUUUUGGGAAACGCACUUAAAAAAUGAUGAACGUUUGUAGAAUCGCUCAUAGAAAAUGCUCUUAACCGCUAAGAACGAUCGUUAUUGGGAAUCGAGGCCCUGAACAUUAAUCAUUGCAUUAUGGUUUGCUUCCACCAAUAUGUCAUUCACCCAGUUAUUUUGAAGGCAAAAAGAUACAUAUGCAUAUUAGUAUAAGAUACUAAUUUGCUUUUGAUCCAAACUGAGAUUUGUUAGUAAGAAAUGAAAAAACGAGUUAAUUAUAACUUAUCAACUCAAGUCUUGUAUGUCUGUUGUAUUGUGCCAUGUAAAUGAUAUUCAUACUCUGUACAGUAUGAUUAUUCAGAUACUAAACCACUUGUGACAACAUUUAAAAAAUAUUAUUGUAUACAAAAAGCUUUCUGUGCCUUACUUAAAACUUCAUGUUUUUAAUUUUAUUUGUUGUCUUCCUUUUUUGUUUGUGUUUUACGGGUGUACAUUUGGGUCCUUGAGAUUAUAUAACCGAGAAAGUGUGAGAAACCACUAAUGUCCAAAUGGAUGAUAUCUUUUUUGUUGUUGUUGUUGUUGUUGCAAGAAUAGAGGAAUAUCUUUGAUUCCUCAUUCUUGCACUAUUUUUUUGUUUUUACCUACAUUUACAAUAACCAGUAUUUGUACAGAUGCUUCAAAGUUAAAGUCAAAGACUUUUCAAGCACAUUUGUAUUUGUUUUCAUGGACUAUGCUUGAGAUGUCAUUAAAACUAAUUCAUUAUUUGUUCAUUUUAAAUAAAAAAAAAUGUAU